GUUACGAGCGUCCCGGGUGCUGCUGGUGGGGAUGAAGGGUCUGGGAGCUGAAGUGGCGAAGAACCUCAUCUUGGCGGGGGUCAAAGGUUUGACCAUGCUGGACCAUCAGCAGGUGUCCCAAGAGGACACGCGAGCUCAGUUCCUCAUCCCUGCGGGUUCCUUGGGCCGCAACAGAGCCGAAGCCUCGCUGGAGCGGGCGCAGAACCUCAACCCCAUGGUGGACGUCAAAGCCGACCCCGAGAGCGUGGAGAGCAAACCCGAGGGGUUCUUCACCCAGUUCGACGCA